AUAUAAGAACAUGUGUGUGAUUGUGAUUGUUGAACAAACAACAUCAAGCAAAGUUGCACAGUCGAAGACUAGCGCAUAUUUAGUGAAACAUUGAGUAAAUUGCAAUAAUAUAGGUUAUUGAAUAAUAGAAUAUUAAUAAUGUCGUGGAUAAAAAAUCUCAAAAUGUGGCUCUUUAAUCAAAUGUGUACGAGCGAUGCACGUCUCGAUGGUAAAACUGUUGUGAUAACGGGAGCAAGUGGUGGUAUCGGUAAGGAGACUGCCAGAGAUUUAUACGCAAGAGGCGCUAGAGUAAUUUUAGCUUGUAGAGAUAUAGAAAAGACAAAUAAUGCAGUUGAAAAUAUAAAGAAUAAUCCACCUUCAAGGGUCAAUAAAGAUGAAUAUAAAAAUAACGCAGGUGAGCUUGCGAUUUAUUUUCUGGAUUUACGUAGUUUGAAGAGCGUGCGAGAUUGCGCUAAAAACUUACUGACGAACGAAGCAGCUAUUCACAUACUAAUAAAUAAUGCGGGUGUAGCUACGCAUCCGUACGAAAAGACACAGGACGGAAAUGAGACAACAUUUCAAGUCAAUCAUCUUGGUCACUUUCUUUUGACACUUCUGCUAUUACCAAAAAUGCACUUGUCUUCUCCCAAUUGUAGAAUAAUCAAUGUCUCGUCAUUUUCAUAUAUUUUUGUUGACAUAGAUUUUAAUGAUAUUAAUCUGGAAAAAUCUUACGCACCAUUUAAAAGUUAUGCACAAUCCAAAUUGGCGAACAUUCUGUUUACUAAGGAACUUGCUCGUCGAUUAAAAGAAGCAAAUAUUCGCGGGAUAAACGUAUACUCUUUACAUCCCGGUGUUACUGGAACCGAAAUAGCACGAUAUGGCAAUAACAUAUUUCCAUAUGCAACUUAUUGUCAUGGUUUAUGUGCAAAAUUGUUUUGUAAAAAUGUUGAACAAGGAACACAAACAACAGUAUAUUGUGCAGUGGAUGAAGAAACAGCUAAUGAUACUGGAUUUUAUUAUUCAAACUGCAGUGUCGCUACUACAUAUCGGAAGGCAAACGAUCCACAAUAUGCCGAAAAAUUGUGGAAUGUAUCUUGUCAACUUUUGCAUUUGGAACCAGAAGAAGAUUUCAUCACAUUUUUGAAAACUGUUUCACGUCAAAUGCUUUAAAAAUAUUCUACAUUUUCAGUCAAAUUAUCGUGGAAUAUACAGUGUGUGUGUGUGUGUGUGUUUAUUUUAUAAUAUUUAUGUUUGGUCAUUUACAAUAUUUACAAAAAUUCUCUAACGAAAGAAUUAUGUAAAGAUUUGUGCGUACAACGUCAAGUUAUUUGCAUGAAUUAUAAUGUUAUCUUUUAACGUCUAAGGAUUUUUUAUUUCUAACAUUGGAUCUAAUUAUUAUUUCGCUCCUGAUUUUUCAUGAUUUAAUAGUGACUGUUGUUAAAAGAAUUUCUUCAUAUUUGUAAUAACUUCGUGAUGCUUUUUUUUAUGAAGAGUCUUUAUAUCUUUUUCUUGAAAAUCGCGACUUUGUUUGAUUUUUGUCGCAAAAGUAAAAUGAAAUAUCAAAAGAUGUAAAA